AUGGCUCAGUCGGUCGGGUGCCGCGCCGCGAUCGCGGACGUGCGCGCUGGCAGGACGGUUCAGGCUAGGCCGUUGACGUCCGGGACGGCGUUGAGGGCGAGGAGGCAGCGGAGCUGGGUUGGGGCGCGGGCGCAGAGCCUGGAGAGCUCAGCGGAGGUGGAGGUCAAUGUGCCGAUCGAGGAGGCGUUUAAGAUGUGGGAGGACCGAGAGGACAUUCCGAGCUGGAUGCCGUGGAUCCAUGAGGUCAAGGUCGAUGAGAGCGACGAGUCCCUGUCGCGCUGGAUCCUGCGGACCCACCAGUUCGGGCGAGACUGGGAGCUGUCGUGGCUGGCCAAGAACCUACACCCAGUGCCUCUGCAAAAGAUUCACUGGCGCUCGGUUCCAGGGUCGAUGAGCAUCGGCAUCGAGGUCCCGAACAGGGGCCAGGUGCGCUUCGCCAAACGGCCAAACGGGUGCUUGGUGGGCCUCAGCAUCCAGUACGAGGUGCCCUCGCCGCUGGCGCCGUUCGCGAACGCGCUGACGCCGCUCGUGAACAGCAUUCUGCUCGCAGACAUGGAGCGCUUCCGGGACAAGGCGCAAAGGCUCCACGCGCAGCAGGAGAGCGUUUGA